CCUCCUCCCUCUCCUCCCCCACCUCCUGUCCCAUUGAUGUGUUAUUACUGGGGGGGGCUGGAGCAGUAAAAAAAGAAGAAGGAAAAAAAGAGCGGGGCUCGGCUGGCAGAGGUUGAGCGCCGGGUUGACGUGCGGCGGCGAUGGAAGAACUUACGGCGUUCGUCUCCAAGUCUUUUGACCAGAAAGUGAAGGAGAAGAAGGAGGCGAUCACGUACCGGGAGGUGCUGGAGAGCGGGCCGCUGCGCGGGGCCAAGGAGCCGACCGGCUGCACCGAGGCGGGCCGCGACGACCGUGGCAGCCCGGCAGUCCGGGCGGCCGGCGGAGGCGGCGGCGGAGGAGGCGGAGGCGGAGGCGGAGGAGGCGGAGGAGGUGUAGGAGGAGGAGGAGGAGCAGGCGGAGGAGCUGGAGGAGGGCGCUCUCCCGUCCGGGAGCUGGACAUGGGCGCUGCCGAGAGAAGCAGGGAGCCGGGCAGCCCGCGACUGACGGAGGGUAGAAGGAAGCCAACGAAAGCUAGGGUCCAGGCUACGCUGCUUCUCCCCGGCGAGGCGUUUCGGUUUCUUGUGUCCCCGGAGCUGAAAGAUCGUAAAGAGGAUGCGAAAGGGAUGGAGGACGAAGGCCAGACCAAAAUCAAGCAGAGGCGAAGUCGGACCAAUUUCACCCUGGAACAACUCAAUGAGCUGGAGAGGCUUUUUGACGAGACCCACUAUCCGGACGCCUUCAUGCGAGAGGAACUGAGCCAGCGACUGGGCCUGUCGGAGGCCCGAGUGCAGGUUUGGUUUCAAAAUCGAAGAGCUAAAUGUAGAAAACAAGAAAAUCAACUCCAUAAAGGUGUUCUCAUAGGGGCCGCCAGCCAGUUUGAAGCUUGUAGAGUCGCACCCUAUGUCAACGUAGGUGCUUUAAGGAUGCCAUUUCAGCAGGAUAGUCAUUGCAACGUGACGCCCUUGUCCUUUCAGGUUCAGGCGCAGCUGCAGCUGGACAGCGCUGUGGCGCACGCGCACCACCACCUGCAUCCGCACCUGGCCGCGCACGCGCCCUACAUGAUGUUCCCAGCGCCGCCCUUCGGACUGCCGCUCGCCACGCUGGCCGCGGAUUCGGCUUCCGCCGCCUCGGUAGUGGCGGCCGCAGCAGCCGCCAAGACCACCAGCAAGAACUCCAGCAUCGCAGAUCUCAGACUUAAAGCCAAAAAGCACGCCGCAGCCUUGGGUCUGUGACGCCAACGCCAGCACCAAUGUCGCGCCUCCUCCGCGGUACUCAGCCUGCACGCCCUCCUCGCCCCGCUGCUUCUCCGUUACCCCUUUCAGACUUCGAGAGCUGGCCCCCUUUCCUCCUCACUGACCGUCCCUUGUUCCCUUUCGCAUCCUGGACUCGGAAAGCCAGACUCCACGCAGGACUAGGGAUCUCAGGAGGCACCCGGGCGCUGUGGCUCCUGCCCGUUUUCCUACCCGAGGGCUUAGAAUUCGGUUUUGUAGGAGCGGGUUUGGGGGAGUCAGGAGAGAGACUGGACAGGGGAGUGCUGGAACCUCGGAGUUUGGCUCACCGCAAAGCCGCAACGAUGGACUCUUGCAUAGAAAAAAAAAAAUCUUGUUAACAAUAAAAAAUGAGCAAACAAAAAAAUUGAAAGACAAACCGGAGAGAAAAAGAGAAAGGGAACUUAUUUCUUAUUACUAUUUGGCAGAAGCUGAAAUUGGAGAACCAAGGAGCAAAAACAAAUUUUAAAAUUAAAGUAUUUUAUACAUUUUAAAAUAUGGAAAAACAACCCAGACGAAUCUCGAGAGAAUGUGGGGGAGUUACCAACUUAAAUGUGUGUUUUUUAAAAUGCGCUAAGAAGGCAAAGCAGAAAGAAGAGGUAUACUUAUUUGAAAAACUAAGAUGAAAAAAGUGCGCAGCUGGGAAGUUCACAGGUUUUGAAACUGACCUUUUUCUGCGAAGUUCAAGUUAAUACGAGAAAUUUGAUAAGAGAGGCGGGCCUCCUUUUACGUUGAAUCAGAUGCUUUGAGUUUAAACCCACCAUGUAUGGGAGAGCAAGAAAA